AUGGACCCUCCAACGACCCAUCCUCCCCCUAUCCCAAGACAGAGCCGUCAUCAAUCGCGCCAAAGGGCUUUACAGAACCAUCCGUCGUCGUCGAACACGUAUUCUCGGCCGCUCGAGUCUCGCCAAGGACAAGUACCUCCCGCGUCACCCGAAGUCAUCUCAUCCCUAAUCACGAGCCUUUCGGUCAUCUCGAAGCCCGCAAGCAACCACUUCGAAGGACCGGCUGCUAACUUUUCCGCCCCUGGAUCGCCUCGCGAAGGAAGCUUCGGCGUCGACUACGGCGCGUACUCCCAACCUUCGCAGGACGAGGAUCACGCCCACGGCCUCUCUCUCGACGAACUCGCCGCCAGCCCUCCCGUCAUCCGAACCGCGAAACCGCCAUCGGGCUUCUCGCCGCUGACUGCUCCCAAGUCUCCGUCCCACGAGCCCAGUGCCUUCAAGUCUUUCCUCAGGACCGCCUCCCGCCCGUCGUCCAAGGGCUCCCUCGGUUCUCGCGACGAUACCCAGAGCAUCGGUAACCUGUCAAUCGAGCGAGGAGUCUCUCCUCAACAGCCUGAACUCCAGAGAAAGCGAUCCCAUGACAGCUGGGGCAAGAAACAAGGUCGCAGCCAAAAGGGGCUCAUGUACAUGAGCUCGAAAGAGAGACUACGUGAGAGGGAACUCGAGAAAAAGCGGGCCAGCAUCGGCGCCGUAGGUGGAGCCUUGAACGGCUUCAGUCCCGCGGCGUCCUCGCGUCCCGAUCCUUUCCUCGCCGAGACCCCUAUCACGGAGGAGCAGUCCGUUCACGAGUCACCGCGGAGAGAUCCGAGCCCAGAGAAGACCAAAACUACUACCCUCACCGUAACAAUGCCUGCUAGUGUUAACGUGGACCUUCCAAGUCCUCGACCGAUACCCGCCCGUGAUUCCUCUCUAAGGAAGACAGGAUCUGGGUCCAAGAGGUCAUCUGCGAGGCACUCCCGAUCCAAGCGAGACGGCGAUCUACCCACUGAUACUAUUCACGAAACUGACGAGCACACACGAUCCCGAGACACCCCGACUUCUACUAGCCCUCUUCCCCCUCCCGUGCCGAGCAAAUCUCCGGAAGUAACCACUCUCAGGCACCCCGCUGCGCAAAAUGUUACCACCACCACAAUCACCCGAGAAUUCCCAUCAUCUUCCAAAUCGCAGCCGUCCCAUUACCGCUCCCCCAGUAACAGCCGGUUGGAGGGCAUGAACAUCCACCCACAUAGCGCUGAUGACCUCGACAAUGAAGAUUUUGCCCCCUUCCCAUCCGUCGCACAAGGCCGCAGGCGAGAUGCUAGCUACGACCGUGGUCGACGGCGUUCCGGCCAGAUCACUCCCGAUCCUCUUGAUAGCGUACGAAUAAAGAGGAGCAGCUCCAAGCUGAAACGCGGAUCUGGUCCUCUGAGCCCCCGAGCAGCCGAGGAUAAGAACGGCGGCAACCGCAGUCGCUUGAGCUCCCCCGAACCUGCAGUCCCACACGGCUACGAGCGACCCCGAAGCGCCGAUUCUAUUGAUGAUGCUGUUGAGUCGUACCUCUGCUCCCCGAGGCUAUCGCAAAAGAUUCGGCAUCCACAGACUGGGAGGGUCAUUUCAUUUUCCGAAGUCGGAGAUUCCGAGGGCUCGGCGGUAUUCUGUUGCGUUGGCAUGGGUUUGACGCGAUACAUUACGGCUUUCUAUGACGAACUUGCGCUUACGCUUAAGCUUCGUCUCAUUACGCCGGACCGACCUGGUGUUGGCGAUAGCGAGCCGUAUGCCGACGGUACCGCUACGCCGCUCAGCUGGCCUGAUGACGUUUACGCGAUUUGCCAGGCACUCAAGAUUAACAAGUUCUCGAUCCUUGCCCACUCUGCUGGUGCCAUCUAUGCCCUUGCGACGGCGCUUCGAAUGCCGCAACAUAUUCGAGGACGGAUCCACCUCCUUGCGCCAUGGAUCCCUCCCUCGCAGAUGAACGUCUUCGGAACCUCGCAGAACUUGCCGCCGACGAAUGCGAUCCCCACGUCCCAGCGCAUCCUGAGGGCGUUGCCGACACCGAUUCUCAAGGCCGCGAACAGCUCCUUCAUGUCGGCGACGAGCAGCUCGAUUACCAGUUCCCUGCCCAAGACGCAGCGCAGGGGCAAGAGGAAAUCGAACAACAACCGUGCGUCUGAUGCACCGACGCUAGGCGACCAACCAACCCGGGGUGUCGCGAGCAACGACAAGGAGAACAUCGGGCACGACGCGCAGAAGAAUGGGCAGGCCAAUGGUGAUGGCGAGCAGCUAUCCAACGGCGCGGGUGUCCCCACGGCGACGGAGAAUAUGGAUCUCGUGCGGCCUUCGGGAGGCCAGGGUGCUCACCUAAAGAAUUCCGAGCGUGCCGUCAUCGCCGCUGCGGCCACAGCGAUGGCAGACAAGGAGAGGCAGAUGACGUACGAUAACCGGCUGACCCACGCUAUUUGGGAACUGGCGACGACGGGAGCGAACCCCGCCGUUGAUUUGCUCGUCUGUCUCGAGAGGCGGCAUACUAUCGGCUUCCGAUACGUCGACAUUACGAGGCCCGUUGUGAUCCACCAUGGCAGCCGGGAUACGCGCGUGCCGGUGGAGAACGUCAGGUGGCUUGGUAAGACGAUGCGGAGGUGCGAGGUGCGCGUGCUCGAGGGCGAGGGCCACGGUCUCAUGGCGAGUGCGACGGUAAUGGGCUCCGUGCUGAUGGAGAUUAGCAAGGAGUGGGAGGACUGGAUGCGCGUGACGGGUACGUCUAGGACUAGGAGUGGAGACCGAGGCAGGCGCAUGGGAACCGCGGUGAGGUAA